CAAGUUUUGAAUUCGGAUGACACGGUUUCAAUACUACGUUCCACUUAUUUAGAAGAUAAUAUCUGUGAAUAUGAGUACUACCGCAGGCAAAAAGUCAAUAUUUUUGGCUUACAUUUUUUGGUUAUUUGGGGGGCCAUUUGGAGUGCACCAUUUCUAUUUAAGAAGAGAUAGACAUGCAUUUGUUUGGUGGACCACUCUUGGUGGCUUCGGUAUAGGUUGGUUGGGUGAAGUAUUUCGCAUACCAAGGUAUGUGAGAGAUGCUAACGAGGAUCCUAAAUAUGUGGAGGACCUUAUUGGAAGAAUGAUACGGAACAAGAAGCCACCAUUCUCUAUGAAUCGUUUUACGGGAAUGCUGAUGGUUGGUUAUUCCUGGGGUCAAAUGAUGAUGGUAGCAGUGCCAUCUGAUGAAAUAUGGGGUAUCAAUUUUAGAUAUCUCAACUACCUCAUUCCUUUGGUUGCUGCACUAGGUGUCUGGACAGUAGGCAACAUUGGUCACGAGCAAGGAACCUUGAAGUGGCCUCUCUUAGCUGCAUAUGUGUCCUAUCCUCUUCGCUACUUUAUAUAUGAUGAAACAGUAUUUUUCACUAUCAUGGUGUUGUCUGCAGCAUUAGCAUUUGACUCCUUCUCAAAGCAGUGGCGCAGAACUCCAAGAAGGCAUCGUUUUGUUAAGAGAGUGAUUGUCCUCGGUGUGUGUGCUUGCCUUUACUUAUCCCUAUGGUGUAGCUACUUGUACUUCAAUGGCACGAUCACUGACAGUGAAGGCGACGAGGUUCCAAUCUACGAAGCAUUGCAUCACUUCUUUACAAGUCCUUGGUGGCUUGAUGUGAAGCAGUGCCUUAUUGAUACAUACCAGUAUGCACAGCAUCAUGGCUGGUAUGAAGUGUGGAAACAAAUUAUUGAUCUGUCUGAUCCUCAUGGUGAACAAAACGCAUACAAGGUGCUCGGGCUGGGCCCUGAAGCUACACAACAAGAGAUAACUUCUACUUGGCGAAGAUUGUCCAGAGAGCAUCAUCCCGACAAAGUCAAGGAUGAGAACGGACGCCGCGCUGCCCAAGAACGAUUCAUGGAAAUACAACAAGCUUACGAGAUCUUGUCCAAUAGCAAGCACAGAAGAAAUCGACGCAAUAAGAAAGAUAACUCGGAGUAAUGAAGGUGAAUGGAAACGUAAACCUCACAUCUAAAAAUAAUAUUAAAUAUAAAAAUAUAUAUUUGUGGGCCUCUUUGUUUGUUCGUAUCUUAAAUUGUUCGUUAAUUCGAUGCAAACGCGCAUCGUUAAUCAGAUUGAGUUUAAAUUUUGUAAAAUGGUUGAUGGAUUGGGUGUGGAGAUUUCUGGGAUAGUUAAAUUAAGAUAAGUCAACAGCAAGA